AUGGCCCACUGGAGGGAGGAGUACGCCGCAGCUUUAGCCGCGAGAGAUCGCCGCGAGAAAGCAAAUGCUGCUGUCUACAAUGCUUACACAAAGCUCGCUGAUCGAACAGCAGCAGCAACCGCACCUGACAACAAGAACCCUACCCAGAAAUCCACACCCUCUACUCCAACCACCGACUCAAAGAAACAAUUAAUCUUGACGUCUGGACCUUCCCCGCAGGACCUCUUGACUUCAACCCGAACAGACCUUGCCGAAGCGCAACGGUCACGUACAGAGCUCCAAGAACGACUUGCGCGGGCGACUACGGACCUGGAGAGGCUGCGGAAACGAAGCAACUAUGAUGGGAGGAAGAUGACUUCCAUGGAAGGGGAAAUUACACACUUGCAACUCCGAUUAAAAGAUCGUGAGGAGGAACUGCGAGGGAAGGCUAAGCUGCUGGAGGAUUUCCAAGACGAGCUGGCAACAUUGAAUCUCCAACUUAACAUGGCUGAAGCGCGGACGGACCGGCUGCAGAAGGAGAAUCAGGAACUGGUCGAUCGAUGGAUGGCUAGAAUGGGCAAGGAGGCCGAUGCCAUGAAUAAUGCGUCCAAGUUCUCGUAA